GCACGGCCGAUCGAGAUAGGGGAGAGAGGGAGAGGCAAAAGAAAGAGGGGGGGCCAAAGGAGAGGGAGAGCCACACAAAUGAGGAAAGAAGAGAGGCAACGCACUGCUCCAGCGCUCAGACUCUGAGAGGCAAGGACAGAGGAGAGACAGGGAGCUCAGCUCACUGACAGACGCACGACCAGAGAGGGCAAGAAAGACGAGAGGUCCCAGGCUCAGUUACGCACUCAAGUGACUUAGAGAAGAGAAGAGAAGAGAAGAGAAGAGAAGAGAAGAGAAGAGAAGAGAAGAGAAGAGAAGAGAAGAGAAGAGAAGAAAAGAGUGUGGAUUCUCUUUUCGUGGCCCCUUCUCGCAAGGAUUUUUCUGAACAUUUUAUGAUAAAUAUACUUUUUUUUUUUGACUUUCUGCUUUUUUUCAUUCAUUUUUGACUCAACACCCUGACAUCUUGUCCCCUGAGCAAAAUUAUUUCCCUGGACUGAAGGAGAUAAACUGUUUGGGACAUGUGUGGGGAGAAGGUUUUAGUAGCAUGAAUUAUUAGAUGUUUUCUUUUUACUCUGAGUCUAUUUGUGAGAGUGUUGGUAUAGAGUCAAACUUGUGAGUGUGUGUGUAUGCACACGUGUAUGUGAGCAACCAGGAGUAAAAAAAAAAAGUGGAAGCCUUAGGAGGAGGAGGCAAGAGUUUGUGGAGGCGAGCCCCCGGUUAUUCCCGUUGUGAGGUGAUCUGAGUUAUGGAUGUUGACGCAUUCCUGUGGCGUUUCUGAGGAAUAAACAGCACCGGGGACUACAACAGAGCGAGCCACAAUACUGCGGGCUUCCACAACACCAGCAACUGCAGCCGUCACAAUAACAAUACUGACAUCUGCUACCAACAACGUCCACCGCCGUCUUUGAAGCAGACUUUCUACAGGUUUUACACCACAGUCCCGGGGAGGUUGUGGGUCUCCAGAGAGAGCAGGUGUAGUCAGUCAGUUGGGGGAGUUUCUCCCACUCUCUUUCCCUCUUUCUGCACCCAGCUCAGCAUGCCCCAGCCCCUGAGCACCUCCACAGCUCUCCCAGCUCCACUACCAUGUGUAGAUGGACAGUGACACAAGGUGCACCGGUCGCCUGGUCCUCCUCCUGCCCCUGCUGCAGACCUUCACUGCUCCUCUCCCUCACCUUCCUACUGCUGCUUCUCCUGCUCGGACCCUGCUCGUCCUCGCCCCUGUCCACUCUGCCGUCACUGUCGGACUCGGAGAAGAACCACAAUGCACCAGGAGGGAGUCCCCCUCACUUCCUCGUCCCACACCCGCCACCUUCCCCAUCACCCGCGCCUCUCCGUGCAUCCUCCGCAAGGUUGCCACGAGCGACCAACGUGUCAUUGUCCUCGGCGACGGUCGUCGGGCGCCACGUGCGGAGCAGCUACAACCAUCUGCAAGGAGAUGUGCGCCAGAGGAAACUGUUCUCCUACCAGAAAUUCUUCCUCCGCAUUGACAAGAAAGGAACAGUCAAUGGCACCAAAAGUGAGGACGACCCAUACAGUAUUCUGGAGAUCAAGUCAGUGGAUGUGGGAGUGGUGGCCAUCAGGGGCCUCAGCAGUAACCACUACCUGGCAAUCAGCAAGAAGGGACUUCUAUACGGAGCGAGGGACUUUGGUCCAGACUGUCGUCUGAUCGAGCGCAUUGAGGAGAACAAGUACAACACCUACGCUUCAGCGGAGUGGCGCAACAAGAAGAAGCACAUGUUUGUGGGACUGAACGGCAACGGAAAGUCAAUGAAGGGGAGGAAGACGCGGAGGAAAAACACAGCCACUCACUUCCUGCCCAUCGUGGUGCAACCGCGGUGAUUGGACACGUCAAGCCACGAGAGAACUCUGCAGACCGCGGGGUGUCGGACUUAUACAGAGUUACAGCGAUGCGUUUAUUGGACAGAUCUGAAUGGGAUCUUCACGAUGCACUGAGGAGGAAAAGAAUGGGAACCUGGAGACAUUUAACUGUUGGAUAAAGACAUUUCUAUUUUUAAAGAAAGAAAUAAGAUAUAUUGCUAUACAAUGUAUAUAUUAUUUCCCGUUUUAAGUUAUAAAGUACAUAAGCACAGUAGAAAAUAUGAAAAAGGAAAUUACUUCUGUGCCAAAAUGUGAUUUAGUAACUCACAUUUCUAGAUCUGUGUAUACAUGAAGCACUUGACUGGAAGGAAGUGAAAAUGAAAUGAAGAGGAGGAAGUGGUGAUGGAAAGCUGGCCGAUUACAGAGAGUGGCAAAAAAUUUAAUGGUAGUGAUGUGAGGGUUGAGUCAAGGAGGCUCCUACACAACAGCAAGUCUAACGCUAUCGUGUUUUCUUUAAAUUUAUUUAUUUUGUGUAAUAUUUAACAAAGAACAAAAACCCAAAAAGGACAAUGUCUUGUCUUUUUUUUUUUUU